CAUUGAAUCAACAAUGCAUACCUUUAAGUAAUAUGUUUAACCUUUGAACACGAAUCAUAACAGAAGGAGUGAUAUUUUCAAAAGAUCAGAUGCAUGAAUGGAUAAUUGAAAACUAUCAAAAUGUAUUUUCAAAAGUGUAAAUUGUGCACAUCGGAGAGUGCUACGGUUUAUCUUGACAUAUUCGGUCAAAUAAACUCACACAAAAAUAUACCUGCAAUAAUAUCAAAACAUCUGUGGUUUGAUUUUCAGCCGUCCGAUGAACUGCAAUUGAUUUGCAACCAAUGCUGGAAUUCAUUGUAUGAAUUUAAUACUUUCUAUAAUACCGUAGCUGAAAUACAUCACAAUGAAAAAGGCUGCUCCUCUAAAGACGAUGAAUUGGACGACCCAUUUGGUCCAGAUCUUUUGGCAGAGAACGAUGAUAGCACCGAUUGUAACACAAAGUCAGAAUUUUUGGAAGUAAUAAAAACAGAACCCUGUGAUGAUCUAGUAAAAAGCGUUGCUCUCGAUAUAGAUGUAUUGGGUGAAAACGUUCCGAAUGCUACGGAACAAGGAAACUUGUUAAAUAUUGAACAGCAGGACUUAUCGUUGACACGGGAAUCAGUUCCAACAACACAGCGGCCGAGAAGAAACAAUACGAAAGCGAUCUACAAUGAUGAACUGACUUCUGACGAGGAACAGGCUGAGAGUGUGGCAGAACAGAAAAAUAAUGACGUGAAACCCAUGUCCCAGAAUGCCUCUAGACGGAAGCGUUUAGAAUCUAGUGAUUUUGAAGACGAAGUAACAGAGGGAAGUGUGAUUGAUGAGAUUGCAGUUAAACCAGCGAGAGCAAAACGCAAGAGGGACACCAAACUGUUUGAGCAUAUCGAUGAGUUCGUGUGUUACAUUUGUCCGGAUAGAGUCGAGUUCGAUAGAUUCUAUCACGCUACAGUACACUACAAAGAAUUUCACAAAGAACCAGCUUACAUAAAGUGUAAAUCGUGCGGUAAACGAUGUUACACUCCGGGAAAUUUGAUCAGUCAUGUAGCGGUACAUACCGAUCCAGACAAAUACAGGUGUCAGAUCUGCGGCAAGCAGAAUGACCAACAAGUGGCUCUGGUGAAGCAUAUGCGAAUACAUCGUCCAGAGAUGGAAGAAAAGUUGCCCAUUCGAUGUAGGUUGUGUCCCCGAAGGUUCUCCACGGACAAGAAACGUGACAGACACGAAAAACACCACAGCCGUAAGCCAAUGGAGAAGCCCCCAAGAGUUAUGGGUCGUGACGAGGAAAUAUUAGAGUUUUACAAACGGAUUAUCUGUGAAAUAUGUGACCAACAGAGAAUGGUAGAUGAUAAUAUAGCGGACGUAGAAUAUGAGAACAUGCAGGAUUUAAAGAAACACAUGCGAGAUGUACACAAUGAUAAAGGGUAUUUAAAAUGCCACAUUUGUGACAAAAAGUGCAACAUUCGUUCGGUUCUUUUAAUCCACAAAGAUUUUCAUCUCAACCCAGAGAAGUAUAGGUGCAGUGUUUGUGGAAACGUUUACCAGAAUUUGCAGAAACACAAGCAGGGUGCUCAUGCGUCUCCUGGAGAGGCAUCAUUUUGUUGCGAACAUUGUGGUAAAGCUUUAACAAGCGAGAAAAGUCUGAAGUCUCACGUUGAUCGGAAACAUGCUGUAAAGGAUACCAUUUGCGACAUUUGUAACAAACCGUUUAGCAAGAGCAUGCUUGAAAGCCAUAAGCGCGUUGUGCAUGAAAACGCAUCGUACAUGUGCACUCACUGUCCUCGCAUGUUCAGGAGUAAAUUUUCAUUGAACCGCCAUCUGGAGGAGCAUGAGGAUAAAGUUAGAGAGAGAGUUAAGUGUGUGGUUUGUGGUCUCACAUUUAAGCAUAAGUAUAUUCUCACGAAGCAUAUCGAUUCUGUGCAUACAAAAGAAGCUCCAGUGUCGUGUGAUGUCUGUGGUAAAAAGUUUAAAUCUAAACAUCAUUUAUGGAGUCAUAAGUCUGAUACUUGUAAUACUCGCAGAUACGAUUGUACAAUUUGUGGACGGGUGUUUAAGGUUAAGGUUCGAUUGACUGAGCAUAUGACCACUCACACCGGAAAAAGUCUGUAUCAGUGCACGUUCUGUCCGAUGACCUUCAGUUUCCAAUCCAUACUGUAUACACACAGAAAAAAAGCACAUUACGAGCAAUGGUUAGAAUUACAAGCUAAACGCGAAGAGGGUGUAAAGUUUAAGGUUUUGGAAGCCCCUACUUAAUAUCAUGUAAUUUAGAAAUAAAUACGAUAAUUUAUUAGCAGAGUCUUUUAAAGACAUAUCAGUUCUAAUUCAA